AUGGCCGGAUUCCGGAAUAUCUUUAGUCGCCAGUCGACUGAAGAUGCUGUCACCACAGUCAAUGUGAACUCUGCGAAUUCCAAGGCCGCUGAGUCUGACAAUAUCAGCUCGGAUAAUGCUGUCAACGAGAAGGGUGCCGUUGACACCGAGAACCCUGUUGUUCCCGAGGUCAACGGUGAGGGCCCUGUCUUUGAGGCCCCGGAUGAGAACACCCAGCGUGGUGUUGCCGAUAUGGAGGCUAUGACCCAGACUUGGUCGCGGCGGUCGCUGAUCUCAGUCUUCUGCUGCAUCUGGAUGCUGUACUUCAUCAAUGCCUUCCAGAGCUCCGUCCUCUCCAACUUAAUUCCCUACGUGACCAGUGACUGGGAUUCUCACUCCUUGCUGAAUGUCAUCUACAUUGUUGCCGAUGCCAUCACCGCUGCUUGUUACGUUCCCAUUGGUAAAAUCAUGGAUAUCUGGGGUCGUGCCGAAGGUUUCGCCUUCAUGAUUUUCUGCGCCACCAUCGGUUUGAUUAUGAUGGCUGCUUGCGAAAACCUGCCCACUUUCUGUGCUGCCUACGUCUUCUACUCUCUCGGUACCAGUGGUAUGACCUAUACCGUUGAUGUCGUGACUGCCGAUGCAUCCAUGCUCAAGAGUCGAGGUCUCGCAUACGCUUUCACCUCCUCUCCCUACAUCAUCACCGCAUUUGGUGGUGCCAAGGCUGCCAACGAUAUUCUUGACACGAUUGGCUUGAAGUGGGGUUUCGGUGUUUUCGCCAUUAUCUUCCCCAUCGUCGCUAGCCCUCUCUUUUUGAUCCUGAAGUAUAACCUGCGCAAGGCUGUCAAGGCUGGUCACGUUGUCAAGGCUCCCAGCGGCCGCACUUUCUUCCAGAGCGUGUGGUUCUACAUUGUUGAGUUGGAUCUCCUUGGUCUAAUCCUCUUCUCCGCCGGUCUUGUCCUCUUCUUCCUGCCCUUUGAUAUCGCCGGCAGCGCCCCUAAUAGCUGGGGCACUGACUAUAUCAUUGCUAUGAUCGUGGUCGGCUUCUGCUUGCUCUUUGUCUUCAUCAUCUACGAGUGGAAGUUCGCUCCCAGACGUCUGUUCGAGUUCAGUUUCCUCUGGAACCGCACUGUUCUCGGUGCCUGUUUGCUGGAUGCCACUUACCAGCUCUGCUACUACUGCUGGGAUAACUACUUCACCUCCUUCCUGCAGGUCGUGAAUAAUCUCUCCGUCGCCGAGGCCGGAUACGUCAGCAGCAUCUUUGACAUUGUCUCCGGUGUCCUGCUCCUCUUCGUUGGUUACCUUAUCCGCCGCACUGGUCGCUUCAAGUGGCUUCUUUGGGUCGCCGUGCCCCUGUACAUCUUUGCCCAGGGUCUGAUGAUCUAUUUCCGUCGCCCCGAUCAGUCCGUCGGUUACCUCAUCUUCUGCCAAGUCCUGAUCUCCAUCGGUGGCAGUGUCUUCAUUAUCAUCGAGCAGCUUUCCAUCUUGGCUGCCGUUGACCACCAGCACGUCGCCGCUGUCCUGGGUCUGCUCAACGUCGUCGGUACAGUCGGUGAUGGUAUUGGUGCUACCAUCUCCGGUGUCAUCUGGCAAAACACAUACCCCAACGCCCUCCGCAGACUCCUCCCCGACUCUGCAAUGGACAACUUUGAGAACAUUUACGAGGAUCUCACCACCCAGCUCAGCUACCCCGUUGGCAGCGUCACUCGCAUUGCUAUCCAGGAGGCUUACGGUUACGCCCAGACCCGCAUGUUGGCUGUCGGAACUGGUGUCUUUGCUCUUGCUUUCAUCUGGACCAUGAUGAUCCGCAACAUUGACCUUAAGGCUGUGCCCCAGGUCAAGGGAAUGGUCUUCUAA